AUGAAGUUGCUUAUAGUGAUCGCAAUCUGCCUUAUCGGAGCGACCAUGCUCCGGGCAUCGCCCCUGAAAAGGAGCACCCCCCGUGCCCUCGUAACGAGCCGCGAGGACGUGGUGACCAAACGCGAGGACGUUAUGAUGAACCGCGAGGACGCGGUGACGGCCGAACCGAGCAAGGAAAAACCACAGUACCUGAUCCGGGUGAUGCCGAAGGACGAAGAGCUGGACGAACUGUCAAAGUUGGUGGAUUUUUUCGCGAUUGGGGAGACCGGCUCGCCCAGCGAAUCAACCGGCUCUCCCCACACGACAUCCUACGGUACUUAUAGUCCGUCCCGGGACGAUCUGACCGAGCCACUGCUGCCGCCACCGGUGGAGCAAAGCGAACCGAACUACUACGCGGCCAAGCCGAAGAAAUCCAAGAGCAAGAAGUACAUCCCGACGCAGAAACUGAUCAACCUGAAGAAUGCCGGUGACGGUGUUGAGAAGGCCGCCAACGAAAAGUCUCGCCAGGGAAAGGAGGCCCGGGAGGCGAGCGACGAGGACACGUUCUUCCUCGAUGCGAUCGAUCUCGACAAGCUGCUGGCCAGUGCGUUGCUGGGUGAGGGUGACGCCCGGGCUGAGGCCACCGGCGUGUCGAGCCGCUCGUAUUUGCCCCUGCGCUAUGACGAGCUGAAUCACGGCGAGUUUGUGCCGAGCCGGAACCGGCGGGUGGACCAGUACACGCGACGUGUCGCCGGCGAGGAUGAAGGUGCUAGAAUCGAUUUUCAAAUGCAUGGCCACAAUGGUCCGAACAGCUACAAGUUUGGCUAUGACACGGGUGAAGGGAAGAAUCGUCAGUUUCACGUAGAAGAGCGCGACAAUAAGGGUAACGUGCGGGGCCGUUACGGUUACUACAUGCGGUCCGGGAAGUUUCGCAUCGUCAACUACAGCUCCUCGCCGGAAACGGGCUUCAGGAUAGAGCCGUAG